AUGGCACAUACGCACCAAGCCAAAAGACCUUACAAUGGUUCCCAGCCCUCAAUAGCAUCAUACUUCCCCGCCAAAACCACAUCCUCUUCACCGACCACCAGACACGAGCGCCGCUCCCCAUCGCCCGCCCUCCCACAAACCGUUCAAGCCAAUCUCCUGAGCGUCGGAAUGCGCGUCCGCAAAAGCGUCCCGGAGGGCUAUAAAACCGGUACCCAGUACUCAGGGUUUGGGCUAUUCUCCACAUCCACCGCACCACCUUCGCAACCCCAACCCCAACCCCAACGCGCAAGCCCAGCGCCGAAGAAGGAGGCAGGAGGACGCCCGAGAGCCCGGGAAUUAACCCCCUUCUGUGGGAUAUUAAAAGUCGGUGGGCUGUCUAUGCAGCAGUGGGGAAUCUAUGACAGCAGUGGUGUAGGUGGUGGCGAUAGCUACGACGAGGAAGAUGAUGAGGAGGAGGAGGAGGAUGAUGAUAUGCCGGGUUUGAGCAGUCAGGGGAGUACGAUCUCCGCUUCCAGCGUGGACUCUAUUCGAUUCGGAGUGCCUGGCGCGGGGAAUGCGAAUAAGCGGAGGUUUUUUGAUGAUGAGGAUGGUGGGAAUACGGAGCAGUCGAUAGCUUGGGCGGGGAAUGCGGGAUUGGUGGGGGAGAGAGUAAUGGCUGUUCCGCGGAGGAAGCGGACGGGUUCUCUGGGGUUAAGGAGAGCUGUUGGACAAGAGAAUGGUAAUGGGGAGGUGGAUUUUGAAGACGCCGAGUUUUUAGAUUAUGGACUUGCUGUUGGUGGGGUGGAGGUCGAGAUGGGCGGUGUUUGA